AUGGCACAGAGGAGAGCCUUGGCCACCUCACAUGCCUUUUCUGUCCUGAUUGUGAAGGCUUCUACCAAGCCUGGUCAAGGAACUAGAAAUGUUGCAGAAACAGACCACCAAGAGACCAAGUGCCAGUUGGAGAGUAGAACUCAGAGGAGAGCCUUGGCCACCUCACAUGCCUUUUCUGUCCUGAUUGUGAAGGCUUCUACCAAGCCUGGUCAAGGAACUAGAAAUGUUGCAGAAACAGACCACCAAGAGACCAAGUGCCAGUUGGAGAGUAGAACUCAGGCCCCCUCUGGAGAUAACUUUGGAGUAGAAAAAAGUGGCCAGAACUUUGCCCUCAUUAUAAAGCUGUACUUCACUUCAUCACACCGUUUGGCUUGUAGUGCUUGGGGGCCCGCGCGGGCGGCGCGCUGUGGGGGGCCCCAGCCGCACUUCGCGCUGGCCGGCCUAGCGGGGGUCGUGCUUUUCGCCGCCGGCCUCUUCGGCCUCAUUCCCGUGUCCUGGUACAACCACUUCCUGGGGGACCGCGGCGUCCUGCCCGCCCCGGCCAGCCCCGUCUCGGUCCAGGUCGGCUACAGCCUGGUGCUGGGCUACCUGGGCAGCUGCCUGCUGCUGCUGGGCGGCUUCUCGUUGGCGCUCAGCCUGGCGCCCUGGUGCGAGGAGCGUUGCCAGCGCCGCCGCAAGGCGCCUCCGGAGGACCAGCGCCGGGGCGUCAGCGCCCUCUCCGUGUCCUGGCCUGAGCCCGCGCUCGUGCCCGCCAGCAAGCCCUACAGCGAGAGCCCGCGGCGCCCGCCGCCCGGCCGGCCCAAGGCCGGCUUCCCCAUGCCGCGGCCACCGCCCAGGGCCUACACCAACUCGGCGGACGUGCUGGACGGCGAGCGCCCCCAGGCCGGCGAAUCUCACGGCGCCUUCUCCUGCACCACCCAGCCGGGUCCCAGCUCGCUGCCCUGCGACUCCGACCUGUAGCCGACUCCAGCCCUGCGUCGCCAAGGCGUAGGGAGAGUGACCCCCUACACCUCGGCCAGCACAGUCCAGCCGUGAACUCCUGCGCUGUGUCGCAGCUGGCACCUGCCCAGAGCUGGAAUCAGACACCAUUCUGUACCUGGCUUGGAAAGUGCACCUUCCCUUCCUGUGGCCAAACUAGACUCCUUGGAAGAGUA